AUGACGCAUGGAAUAUCGCUUUCGGUCCCAACUGUAUUAAAACCAAAAACAGACAAUGCAACUUCAUUUACCACGAAUAUAUUGGUAGUUGGGGGUGCGUACGCUGGAUUAUCAGCAGUUAGAAGUCUUGCAUACCAUUUCAACCGAAGAAUAAAAGAUCCGUUGAUAAAGCUGAAGUUAAUUAAUAGCAGAGUAUCGAUUACGAUGGUCGAACCUAAGUCGGGAUUAUUGAAUAUUCUCGGAAUUCCAAGAGCUAUAGUGGAUGUGGAUUUUGCCAAGACACAAUAUAUUUCAUUCGAAGACUUUUACGAUUUGAAGUUCGACAAGGUUGUAUCAAAUCAACCGGAGGUGUUGAAGAACUUAGCCACAGGACAAAACACAGGAAACAAUGAAGGUGGUUUUGAAAUAAAUUUUGUCCAUGGAAGGGUUACUCAUUUAGACGAACAUAGGGCAGACUACCAGUUGGUUGAAAGCGAUGAGACUGCCACUAUUAACUUUGAUUAUGUUGUAUUAGCAUCUGGCAGGGAUAGAAGCUGGCCAACAACCCCAAAUGCCUACACCACUAAGUCCUAUCUCGAGGAAAUGACUAGAUCAAAGAGCGAAAUAGAUUCGCACGACAUUAUAUCCAUAAUUGGCGCUGGUGCUGUUGGUAUCGAAAUCGCUGGAGAUAUCAAACACUAUUGCCCAAAUAAAACUGUCAACUUGAUGCACCCACAUGAAACUUUCCCCCCUGAACCAUUAAGCACCGAAUUCCAGAGUGUAACAUAUAAAUCUUUGGUUAAUUCGGGAGUCAACAUCCACCUCAAUACUAGAAUUCAGAAGGAAUUGGAAAAUGGUGAUUUAGAAACCACGACAGGUGAAAUAAUAAAAUCAGAUUUGAACUAUUGGUGUCAUGCCCACCAAAACAAUAUUUCCAUUCUUUCAGAUAAUUUAAGAAAAGAAUUCGUUACAUCUAGAAGCAACAUUUUGGUGAACGAAUAUUUACAAGUUCUUAACAAGGACAAGAAACUUGAUGCCUUUUUUUGUAUUGGUGAUAUAGUUGAGUUGCCAAUCAUAAAAAGUGCUGGCUGGGCGAUGUAUAUGGGCAGACUAGUUGCAAAUAAUUUGGUCAGUAUGAUAUUAGAUAAUAUUUUAAUUGAACCGUUUCCUGAUUUAACCCAGAUGCCUCGUGGUAUGGUCAUAGUAGCUGGUAAUGGUGAAAUAGUGUCUGAAUUAAGCGGAGAAGUCGAACUUAACCACAAGGGAUACGUUGAAGAAUAUAGAGACUAUUGUAUAGGCAAAAUUAGAUCUACUAUAGGUGUAUAG